GCAGCUGCCAAGACAGAACUGGGGGCUGCAAUCGCCAAAGCUGAAGAUGGUGCUUUGGUGUCAGGAGUGAACGGGAUCUUUGCGGUUCUCAAGAAGCACGGACUCCUCCGUGAAGUGGUGAUUGAACCCGACUACGUCGGCGUUCAUCAUAUGAACCGGGACGGUUUCGGCAUUAGCGUGCAAGACGCCCAUGACCUGAUGAGCCACAUUCUGGAGAUAGGCUGGGCAUCGGAGCAGUGCGCACCAGUUGCGUGUGAAGUGCCUCCUGCAGAGGCAGAGCAUGCAUUCGACUUCAACUGCAGGCUUGCGGCUUUGUCGGGCUCAAUGCUCCCAGCAAUCCAGAAACACAACUUGAAAUUCCUAUCCUUGUCUGGAUCUCACACCAAUGCUGGGUUGAGGGCUAUCAGGCAUGGUUGUUUGUCGCGGUGCGACAAUCUCACUCAGGACGGAAAGAUGUCCUUGCAGAGAAUCGCCACCCGAGACCCCAUCUUCGGGGAGGUUUGCCGGACUGGGCUCCGAUGGCGAGUCAUUGCGCAUGAAGCCAUGACCGCAUUCCCAUCCAUGGCAUUGCUGGUGCAAGCAGCGCUCAACACGUCCGGCCAGCUCGCCCGUGGAGAGCACGAGCUGCAGAUCCUGCAGCGCAUCCUAAAUGCGGUGAACCAGGCCCAGAACCUUGAUGGCGAUCAGUACCUUCAUCUCCGGCACGCCAUGUUGCUGGCUGCGUACACCGGCCCGGAGAAAUUGCUCUCCCCAGCAGACGCACGCAAGCUGCACAGUAAGGACCUGAAAGCGCAGAUGUUGGCAUCAAACAACCUCAUUUUCGAAGUAAAUCUUGACGCAUUUCUCAAAGGUGAGUGGCGCGCAGCCAAGCCACCGGCUGAGACACAGGAGUUGGAAGGCUUCCAGAACCACACGGCGCAGCACUGUCAUGAGGGAUUGGUGAAGGUGACAGUUGGAGUCCUUGUUGAGAAGCUGACCUUCCUCGAGGGCAGUCACAUUUCCGUCUACGAUGGCCUCAAGGUCAUGCUGAAGCCUUCAAAGAACAUUGUCACGACCAAGUCUUUCGCCCCUAAGAAGCUUGUGCUGGUACCAACAACACUGAAGGUGGAGGUAAGGGAAGACCCUCCUGCAGGGUACGUCUCUGUCGGGCGUGUCGGGACAGACAUGAGCUUUUGCUUGGGCCCCAUGUUCGUGUUGCCCACCGAUGGCAAGACAGGCUUUGUCUCGCCGUUUUGGCUGGUGCGUCAAACACACAAGUCAGAUGAGGCAAAUGUCGAGUUGAGCACAGUGAUCGAUCCAACUGACAAGAACAGCAAAAUGUCAAUCCCAGUUCUUGUCAACCCCCAUGCGAUCCCAGAGGGCACGGUUUUGAUGCGGUAUGUUGCCAAGCCACCAGUUGAGACAGAAGAGCUUGUCCCACUGGCAUCCAAGAGGUAUAAUGACAAGAAGUGGAAGUGGACUGAGCCCGACAUCAUCACCAAGAAUGGAUUGCACUAUAUCAAGAUCAGCAAGUGGGACCGCAACUUUGUUCGCUUUGCAACAGGGAGGCCGUUGGACCUUCGAGAUUAUCGAAGCUCAGGGGCAAACGCAAAAGUGUUGGAUGACAUCGUGACCAAGCGGAACAGUGCCUCUAAGCAGGCAAUCGAACAAGAACUUGCCUUGCUAGCCGAUGAUGCCAACGAGGACCAGGCGCAGAAGCUUAAGAGGAAAGUGCGGCCAGAAGACGGAGAUCUUCUGACCACCCCGUUUGUCAGCGUGGACCUUCCUGAGUUCGAGCACGAAGGCAAGCUCUACGGCCCCCUUUUCCCAAAGAUCCUCUGGGCAAUCACAGGGGCAUCCUUCUACAUCGAGGCCAUCGAGCAGAACUUGCUCUACAUCAAGCACGCUGUGAUGCUGGGCCUGGAGACCGGAGACCUUGGGUCGCCAAAAAAGAGGGGCAGAAAGCCAAAGGCUAAGAGUUCACCCAUGAAGUCUUCGUCGAAAGGUUCACCCAUGAAGGCUUCGCCGAAGAAGCUGAAGCCGUGA